AUGAAUUAAAUUAAAAUAUUUAUUGGAAAUGACCAUGCUGCAUUAGAUUAUAAAAACAUUUUAUUAGAUUAUUGCAAAAAAAAGGACUAUUAAAUAGAUGAUAAAGGAACAUUUACAAAUUAAAGUUGUGAUUACAAUGAUUAUGCAGUUAAUGUAUGCAAUGAAGUAAUUAAAUCUAAUGGAAUUGGAAUAUUAAUAUGUGGUAGUGGAGUUGGAAUUUCAAUGAUGGCAAAUAAAGUUAAGGGAAUCAGAUGUGGAUAAGUUAAUGAUUAUGAUUCAACAUUAAAAGCAAUAGAAAUUGGAUGUAAUGUCAUUUCAUUUGGUGCAAGAACUGUUGGUAUUGAAAUUGCUAAAUAAAUUGUUGAUACUUUUCUUUCUAAUUACCAUAAAAUUGAAAACAAUCAAGUAGAUAAGGAAAUUUCAACAUUUGAGGAAGAAAACUAUAAAAAAUGAUU